AUGUCAUCUCUUAGUUCUUCCUCAACAUUCAGAUCCAAGCGUUACAGCAACUAUAGCCGACGAUCCUCGGGUGACCCCUGCUUCGAUCAAUACAUAGACGCAGCACGGAAUUUAUUUGAGGAAGAAAUGGAAAAAUCCUCUUUCAGGAAUGGUCAUUUUGUAAGGCCUAGAAAUGAAUCCUUUGGAUACACAGGACGUCAGGAUUUCCUGGUCUUCUAUGAAACUGCCUUGUCAGCUAAACAGACUGAAGGAGAGUUAAAAUUUAAGAAAGCUUUAAGAACUCUGUCCAGUGCUCCAGUAUCUGGGCGUCCAGGGAGCCUUGGAAACGUCAGAACUAUUGGGGAUACUUAUCAAGUUACAGCUGAUGUCAGUCAGUUUGAUCCAGAAGAGAUCAUUGUCACCAUGUACAACUACCACAUAGUCAUCAAAGCAGAAAAGGUCCAAGUGGAUGAAGAUGGAACCAUCAUAAAUACCUUCACUCAUAAGUGUCAGCUCCCUGAAGACAUGGACCCUCUGUCUGUGAGCUGUUCACGGACCGAUGUUGGUAUUCUGACAAUCAAUGUCAGAAGGAAUCCAUUGAAACAAGCAGAAUCUCCACAACCAGUUUACAGGAGUGAAGUUCAGUUGUAG